AUGAAUGGUGAAAUAUUUCAUAGUUUUAUAGAAAAUUUCAAUCAAAAUAGAAAAUUUGAUACCGAUGAGAAGAGGGAAAGGCUUCAGGUGUACGAUGAAUUGAUACAUGACGGAAAUAAAUAUAAGAAGGGAUUGAAAUCCUUAAAUGAUGGGAAAAUAAAUUUAUGCGAAUCUUUAAUGAAUGAGUUUCCUUCCUAUUUACUGUAA